AUGGCGACUCUUUCGUUUCUUCUCUUGUUUUCUUUGCUUUCUUUCUCAUCAGCUCAGGACAUGUCCAUCCUGAGCUACGGUAACGCAAACCUAAAGACGAGUGGCAGUGGGAGGACGGAUGAAGAAGUGAUGGCCUUGUACGAGGAAUGGCCAGUGAAACAUGGCAAGUCGUACAACGGCCUGGGAGAGAGAGAUAAAAGGUUUGAGAUUUUUAAGGUUGAUCUGAGGUACAAAGACGAACAAAACACCUUGCCCAACAGGACGUACCAGCUCGGGCUAAACCAGUUCGCUGAUCUGAGCAACGAGGAGUACUGUUCCACUUACUUGGGAACCCGCCCUAACCCCAAAAGGAGGUUGGCCAAGACUUCCAGCGAUCGCUACUGUCCAAAAGUAGGUGAUAGCCUGCCGAACUCCAUUGACGGGAGAGAAAAAGAUGCUGUUCUUCUGGUCAAAGAUCAAGGAAGCUGUGAGUCCGAGCUUAUCUUCCGAGGGUUAGGUUCAAGGGCUGGUCUCCUUCGCUUCUUCAGAGUAAGACUCUUAGCCAACCGCCUGUUGACUACUCUUUACAUUGCAGAAGGGAAGAAAGUGAAAAGGCCGAUUGCAAUUGAAUAUGAUUCCUUUGCUGCGACAUCCAGUCUUGGUGGAUGA